CUACCUUGUCUUUGUCAUCGCGUCCACAUCGUUAGACAUCCAUUCGUUAACAGUGUUUUCAACUUCUACCCUUGCCGCUCUAAUUUCAUCUGACAUGGCUCAAGUUGAAUUAUGGAUGCGUUCGUGACGAGGCUUUCCAAGCCGCCGAGCCAGCUUCGAGAGCAAGUUCGCGGUGACUCACCAGAAAAGGAGAGGCCUUCCAAGCGAGCCAAACGGCAGGGAUCACCAGACUCUGAGGGUGGCCUAUGCCCCGAUCACCCCCAGGAUAUCUCACCGAGGGAGGAUUUUCCUGACAAUGAAGCAGCUAAAACAAAAUACCAAACUGAGGAACACCCUCGAAUUACAGGUAUUGAGAGCGCGUUGCCGCCCGCUGCUGAAGGCCAAGAAGCAGUCGAGCAGUAUGAGACGAUGAAGUCAUCACAGGCCUCGGCGCAUGUCGAGGAUGACACCACAGAAACAACUCAGCCACUUUGGGUCAAGGGACGAAGCUCUAUUUAUGUGGAUGCCUUCAAUCUUGCGCUUGAUACUGUCCUAGAAGAAGAAUCACAUUUAUUUGAUGGGAAAGAGACCGAGGUUUUCAAACAAUGGAGAGAGCUGAACUACGAGGCUCAAUAUCUCUACGUCAGGCUCUUUCUGAGGAAAACUGCAUCGUGGCAUCGCCAUAGCCGUCUUGGAUAUCACAACGACAUUUCGGACCUUGAGGCGGCGAUAACUACCCUGCAAUCGUCUCGUGUUCUGCCAGCGAGCACAGCCACCCCAAUACAGAGCCCAGUUCAUGAUCUUGAACUUGAAGAGUCGAGACUGGAUGAGACGUUCAGCUUUGCCGAUAGGUCAGAAGAUCAUUUUGAUUCUGUAGAAGAGGCUGCGUCGCUGCUGAGCCUAGACGAGUUGAAAGAGCUUGCUAAGGAAGCGAAGGUCCAAGGGCGCAAUAAAUCAGAACUCAUUCGUUCACUAGUAAAGAUGAGCAAGCAACAGUCUGGAUUGAUGUCGGUGGGCCUCAGCAGACACAACAGCCGUGGUUCUGUUUCCGAAGACCAGGAAAACUUGGAUGCAAAAGCCAAGGGAAAGGACACCGCGAAGCUUCGGCGAGAAGAUUCGAAUCGAGAGCAGCAUUUCCUUACAAAAAUUCUCGCAGUACUUGGACCUUGCAUUCGAUUGUCGCCACCAGCCUUCAAGCUUUUUGAACGGGUGCAUCUUGUGUUCUAUCGAUCGACGGAGUGGACAGAGAAAUCACUUACAACAAUUAUUCUUGCUAAAAUUGCAAGACGUCAUUUUCCUGAAUACAUUGUGUGCCGAACUUCGACUAUAUUUAUGUCGCGCCUGCACCUACUAGAGUAUGAAACUGCCAUCCGCAUGGAGGCCGAAGUCGAUGCAUGGGAGUUCAGUAGCCCACCCGGAGAUGAGGGCCUCAGACUGAUGGUCAACAUCUUUGAGAAAGUUUACCCGCGAUGGAAGAUAUUAGUUGAAGAAGAGCAGCACAAGGAGCACACAGUCUAUGAAAUGGGAGAGGGUGCUUACUUGAGACGUUUCACGCCAGGCCAUUCGUAUACAAGAAUUGUCCAUAAAGCAGCACCAGUUUUUGGAAAGCUCAAACAACAUCUCAGAGAGCAUGAGCUGCUCACCGAGCUUCUCGAUCAACGGCUGUUCCAUCCUGCAAGACGAGGUAGUUGGUACCAACGAAAGGCUCUUCUGGAGGAGCAUUAUAUGCCAGCUUUGGACCCGAAUCCCAAAUUCACAGACCCCGAACAGCAGAAGAAACAUUGGAAGAAAAUCGCAGUUGCUACUUGCGAGGCUGGCCUACAAGACCCGGACUGCCAUCUGAUAUUUCACUAUGACCUGCAAAAACGCCUUGUCAAGCUAGAAAAGAAACUACGUAUACCACGUCGCUUACAACACGAUUUUGGCCAUGUUGAUCUGCAAAAACCUAUCGAACACACCAUUAAAGGAAUUCAACUCAAGAAGGAUAUCAUUGCGAAGGGCGGUCGCCAAGUUUCAACCAAAACUAUAUGGCUCGAUGAGCUAGACACCCAAGAGGAGUGUAGCGUUGAAGCAAUGUGUCUCAGUCAAUAUCGAUCAGAGGGUUGGAAGGGGUAUCACGCUGAGGGUGGAAUUAUUCGCACUCUUUUCGCGUACCUCUUUUACGAUAUUCUCUUUAUCUAUAUUCCAAAUGUGUUUCAGACAGCAUAUCAAACAUGUCCGCUGGAUCUUCACACUGAUGCUUUCUACCCGUCCCGAGCAUCAGAAAUCAAUCACAGACUGGUCGAGAUUGCCAAUGGAGAGGCUCCACGACUCAUUCGCAAAGUCUGGGAAUCAGAACAUGAGAGGAGAACAAGUGUGGUGGGCCUUAACUGGGAUUUCGAGAUUGACGACCUCGUAGAGCUUGCUGGGUGCUUCGAGGGAAGCGCUCUUGCAGCAGUAUGCAAGGUGAUGGCUCAAGAGUACAGACAACGAGGCGGCGGUAUCCCGGAUCUAAUUCUGUGGCGCACUAAUAAUCUACCAGAAGAUUCAAAAAAGGUGCCUGGAAGGCCAAAGGGAGAGGUUAUGUUCUCGGAAGUCAAGAGCGCCAACGACCGGCUGAGUGAUACUCAACGGCUAUGGAUCCAUGUGCUUACUGGAGCAGGAGUAAAGGUUGCGCUCUGCAACGCCAUAGCGAAGGAAGUGAGGGAAGUGGAUUGAUCCCAUGUUCAAGACCAGAAUGAACUUCGUGCUAUUGAAUCACGUUUCAAGGCAAGACGGGGACAGGGCAUUUUGGUUUCCAUCAAGCUAGAAGAUGCAUCUCAAGUUCACAACUGCCCUGCAAUUUCACACUGCAUUCAACCCAGCCAAACCAUGGGGCGGCGAUCUUCUCGUUCUGGGAAGACUAUAAUUAUCUCCAUGGGUGUGAAGAAGAGAGGUUCUAGCAAGGAGUGAGAUCCGACAAUCUGACUUUUGAGCCAAAAUUAGCAAUUGGCAAAGCAUUCGAAACAUGAUCUAGGGCCUUGUUCCACCCAGCAGCCGGGUCACAGCGGUCUCAAACUCGUUUCUAAUCUCAGACUCAGGGCUGAGGAUCCCUCCUUGGUUUCAGAUAGGCGGGAGGCGUGAGCUGGGCAUCUCACGUGCAUGGUAGCCAAUGACAGGGCUGCAGACGAGACGGUGUGAUGCGCAGGGUUGUCACAUCACCACAUGCGCAUCUCGUCACUGGCGCAUUCGGUGGGUUGGGCGAGUCAAUAGGCUAUGAGGGCUCUUAAUCUAGGUUCUGUAGCCUCUCGGAAGCAUCCUCUGCUUGCUGGACACGAUGCCAUGAGGAGCUGGGCUUCCGGUAAACUGGAGAUUACGCGUGGUAGAUCGGUGUUCUUUUUCACCUGUUGGACUUGUGCCAUGGUAAUUGAGUGAUAGUGUCCCAGGACCUUGAUCAUCUGGAUGACGAGAGGUGAUGGAAUGAGCUUGAGUUUGGGUGAGGUGUCAAGAGCCUAAGCUUAAGUUCACGGGCAGUGAGGUUCAACAUAUUGUCACAGGUUGGUGCGGACCAAAGAUUCACGUCGUCACGUCCCUGGUGACAAUACCACUGGGGGCCAUUGGAAACACGCCAACUGGUCUGCUAGCGCAUUGUAUCCCUCGCAGUAGCUGGGUAGUAUGCGCGAAACAAAUCGACAAGAGUAGAAACGAGAGCGAGAGGGGAGAUGCAGACACAGGCGCACCUGAAGCAAGACAACACGACACAACAUAUAGCGCAGGCAUUACUAUUACGGGCCAUACAGGAUAGACAAGAAACAACGCUUCUGCAUGUCGCUAUGUCCUCAAUCCAUUAAGAACCCCAACCCUCACAAAUACAAAUCGAAAUCGUCGACCCACAGCCCUGGGCGCUUAGCACGGAUCCAAUCAUGUCAACUCGCCCUCCAUGGUGGGUGAUGGGCUCUCCCGCCUUAGCCAAUAACACAUUCGAAGGCCAUUGCCCGGCGCUUACAAGCCCAGUUUAUGGGGCUCUCUAGUUCCGCUUGGACCAGGGUGCUGGGUCGCCAGAAGCUAGAGACCACGCCGCUUUUAAGUCUAAGUCUUUCUAGUGGCCCAUCACCCCUGGGUGAUGGGAGGGGGGUGCCGACAGUGGGCGAGCAGCAUUGAAAGGAUUCCUUAAGUUCAAAUGGUUCCUUCGUACUGAAUUCGCAGGGCAGCGCAGUGAAGAUGCAGUGGUCCGAAAGAGAAUAAGAGAAGCACAAUAUUGGGGGAACAAGAACUGCCAAUGCUUCCCAUGGCCCUCUCAGAUGCCGCUUUCUGGCAAUGACUAUAUCUGUCUAUCUCUGCAUACGUCCUGUUCCUUUGGCCCAAGAGUUGGCCCAGUGGAGUGCAUAUAUACAUGGAUGCUUCAUUCACGUCUUUGCAUCUCGUCACAACGCGGACCGAAAUGCAGAAUGAAAACGGGUCAACAAUAUGUUCUUCAUCGUUCACCCCCAUGUAACCCAUCGUUCGAACGAAGCCUGAGGCUUGCUGAGAUGAUCUCUCACAGGUGCUUUUGCGACCCAUGCUAAGUCUCCCGACAAGGAACAAGGGUAUAUCCCAUCACUUGGGAAUAGAAGGAAAAUAAGGCAGAUUAAGAGCAGGUGGGGUUCAGAGAAGCUUCGAGCUGGCGGCCGUUCUGUAGGCCGCCAGUGCGACCAAGAUACGCAUCGAGGAUAUACCCGUUGUGCGGCCUGUUCUUAAGACCAUGACAGAUCCAUUAUAAACGAGCAAACAAACAAACAAACAAACA